AGUACCCAUACAUUUGUUCUCUUGCAUUACCUAAUCCUAUCAUAUUAAAGAAAUCAAAUCAAGAAAAUCUACCAAAUUUUUCAUGGGUGAUUCUUCUUCUUCUACUCCUCUAGAUUUUCAUGCUUUGAAUUCUACUUGUAACAACAAUUCCCCUCUUUUGAUGAAUUCAAAUAUGGAACUUCUAAAUAGCAUAAGCCAACAACUUGAAAAUGAUCAAAAUUUCACCUCAAAUAUUCAUCAACAACAUGGUUUUUUGUCUUUGUCAAAUGAUCAAAACUUCUCUAAUCAUCAUCAUCAACAUGAACUCAACAUCAUGCCUAAUUUUCAUAAUGAUCAUAUGAAUAAUAUUAGCCAUGAUGUUUAUGAUCCCGCCGUCGCGGUUGCUGCUGCUCAAUUUUUUACCUUGGGAGGUCCAAGUUAUGGAUGUACUAGCUCAAUUCCAGAAUCAGAAUCCAUGUUGAAUAAUAAUAAUAACAAUAAUAUUCCAACUCCUCCUCCUUUAGUCUCUGGAAAUACUAGCAAGAAUACAUGCGAAGGGAGAAAGAGAAAAAGGAACAAUCAAAAAGAAGUUGAGAAACCAAGAGAAGUUGUACAUGUUAGAGCAAAGAGAGGCCAAGCUACUGAUAGUCACAGUUUGGCCGAAAGACUUCGAAGGGAGAAAAUAAAUGAAAAGCUCAGAUGCUUGCAAGAACUUGUUCCUGGAUGUUAUAAGACUAUGGGAAUGGCAGUGAUGUUAGAUGUAAUAAUCAACUAUGUCCGAUCAUUGCAAAAUCAAAUUGAUUUUCUUUCAAUGAAACUAUCAGCAGCAAGUUUGUUUUAUGAUUUCAAUUCAUCAGAGAUGGAUGAUAUGGACUCAAUGCAGGGAACAAAUGGGUAUGCAGCAGCUCAAGGAAUGGGGAAAAAUACUGUUGGAGAAGGGUAUGGAGGAUUUCCUCAAUUUCAAACAUCUUGGCCUCUUUAAUUUGACCUACUUAUCAUCAUACUUUAAUUUUAAGAAAAUAUACUCAAUUUAUAUUAUUAUCCCUAUAAUAUGUAACAGAUAAUUAAUAUGUUUGAACUCUUUUUUAUUAUAAACCUUGAUUUCCAUUCCAA